GGGGUUGCUCCGGGAGCGUCGGCGGCAGUCGGCGGACGAAGCCCGCGCAGCCCGGUCGCCGCUCCCGCCUUGGUGUGUGUGCAGUCCUUCUUGACACCGCCGCGUUCCGAGAGGGACGGACCCUCCUCCCCCCGGGGCCCCCUCCCGCCAGGAUGGCGCCGCCGGCCGCGCGCGGCGCCUGCUGACGCCCGCUGGACCGACGAGUGCGGCGACCGCUGCCCCCCGUUCCCCGAUGCGGGUGGAGCCGCCCGACCUGCAGUCCGGGCAGUGCAUGGCCUUCCAGCCGUUCCUGUUGCCCGGAGCCACGGCCAGCUCCAGCCCGCAGGCCCGGAGCCCUUCAGACUUCUCGAUGCACUCUAUCCUGAGCCAGCAGCCGCCGUACCUGCCGCUGGGGCUGCCGCACGCCGUGUUUCCGGGCGCGCCGCAGUUGUUUCCCAAGUUGGCCGUGCCGCCGCCGCUGCCCGGCCAGGGCCAGAUCACGCCCGAGGAACUGCUCGCCGCCAGGCACCUGAGGCCACCCGGGUUUGAGCCCGAGGACGAUGGUGUGCAGGACGACCCCAAAGUGAACCUUGAGGGGAAGGACCUGUGGGGGCGGUUCCACGAACUCGGCACCGAGAUGAUCAUCACCAAGUCCGGGAGGCGCAUGUUUCCUCCGUACAAAGUUCGAGUGACGGGUCUGGACAAGAAGGCCAAGUACAUCAUGCUGAUGGACAUCGUGGCGGCGGACGACUGCCGCUACAAGUUCCAGAACCGCCGCUGGGUGGUGGCGGGCAAGGCGGAUCCAGAGAUGCCCAAGCGCAUGUACAUCCACCCGGACUCGCCGUCGACCGGAGAGCAGUGGAUGCAGAAGGUGGUGUCCUUCCACAAGCUCAAGCUCACCAACAACAUAUCCGACAAGCACGGCUUUACCAUCCUGAACUCGAUGCACAAGUACCAGCCCCGGUUCCACCUGGUGCGCGCCAACGACAUCCUCAAGCUGCCCUACAGUACCUUCAGGACGUACGUCUUCAAGGAGACUGAGUUCAUCGCCGUCACCGCCUACCAGAACGAGAAGAUCACGCAGCUCAAGAUCGACAACAACCCUUUCGCCAAGGGAUUCCGCGAAACCGGUGCUGCCAGAAAAGACAAAAAAAAGUACGCGCUCCCGCCAGCGUCCAAGUCCCUUCCUGGUGGCGCCAUGGCGCCGAGCGACGUGAGCUGCCCGACCAAAAUCGACGUGGACGACUCGUACUACAGCGACGACGACCGGCGGACGGAGCAGUCGCUGUCGGCUGACGAGGCGUCCGCGCCCCCGGGUGGCGACCUCUCCCCUCGACCGGGCCUCGACCUCGGUCGCUCUCCGGGCUCUCCGGAGCAGGCCAGCCUGAGCGACUACCUACCGUUUGGCGCCGGCCACACGUCCUUCCCGCUGCAGUACCUGUACAACCAGAGCCUCUACCAACAAAGCCUCAUGCUCCAGGACAUGAUCAUGUCCUCUGCGGCCGCCGCAGGCGCCACGUCACCAACGGGACGGCCGUCACCCUUCGGCUUCAACCCGUUCUCGGUGCGCAACCUCUUGAUGGCGAACGAGCAGAACUACCUGAAGGCGCCCAGUCCACUGAAGAUGGCGGACGCGGUGAGUCAGGAGCACCUCAAGAACCUCCGCUUCUUCCCGUACCCGCUGCCGGCGUGGCGGCUUCCCACUGGUCCCGGGGGGUCUUCGCCUCCCCCGCAUCCACCGACGGCGCAUCGCCCGGAUACGUCCUCGUCGCCCAAGUCGGACCCCGGACCGGCGGCGUCUCUUCUGCCGGGAGCCUUCUGCGGCGUCGGCGGCGUCGCGCAGUCGGAGAAGUUGUCCUCCAAGGACACCGACGAGGCACGAGGGUCUUCGUCGUCGCCGCUCGUGUCCCGGAGUCCGGUGCGCCCAGUGACAGUUCAGAACCACGUCGACGAGAACGCGCAUCGUGACGAAGACUGUGCCCCCGUGGAUGGGAAAGACUAGCAAAACCAUUCCACGAAAGAAAACGUUUCAGUGAGGCGUGCCUGUGUACGUGCGCAAUAUCCAGACGGGUUUCUAAAAAUAGAACCUUUCCGUCGUCUACGUCGGACACGUCGGACUGACUGACCUCAGCGUGCGUGUCCCGUCGAUACACGAUGCGCAUUCAGGAGACGCGUGGUCGCGGCUUCAGAGGUGAAUGAGCGCCGGGACGUUCACAAUCUUUGCUGCAGCAAUCAGUACCGUAGGCAGGCUUUCCCCUUUUGCAUUACCUGUUUUAUUUUUUUUUUCAUGCCUGGGUGGUCCGGGCUUUGACUCGGACGCCAUUGUUUUGCCGUUGCGUUGACCGAGUGAGUCCUCUUUAGAAGGUGCAUGCCCAAACCGCCUGGCGGUUGGGCUUUACAAUUCAGUCACGUGACUCGAAGAAACCAUUAGCAAACAAUGGAAUUCCAACGACCAUUCUUGAUUUUCUUCUGAGUGGCGUAGUCCGGUGUUUUGGAGAGGUUUCUUCACUAUGGAUGCAAAGAACCUGGUUCAGCGUCAGGACAGGGACAUAGCGAACGAACUGCUUGCCGAUUCAUACCGCGUCCCAGGAUUCGCGCGUGCUAAUGGCAGUGCUGUCGAGUCUUUAGCAACGUACGGUGAAAAUAUUUAUCGGAAGUCUAGGUACGGCCCAGUUUUAACUAGUUUUGCCCUGAAUGCGAGGAGGCUUAUGAAAUACUGAAUGGAGGAUGACUAGCUUGAAGCUGAAUUGGGCGUUCAUCAGGUUUGUGAUAGUUACUAUUAAAGAUCGAAUACAUAUUUUCGUGAGUCAGAGACCCUUCAAAACGCAAAAUGCGAAGAAUCAGUUUUACACGUUUUAUUGCAUGGUAAACUUUAAACCAGUUUGGCUUAAGAUUCGUAAUUACCAGCAAAGAAAGAUGAUUUUCAGUUUACUCGUGCAGAUGGUCGGCUUUUGCGUCAGAUAUUUGUCGAUUCGGUCACGACAGUAUCUCAAAGCACCGGCAUGUGGCAACAUGGGUGGAUCAUGAUGCCGAGUUAACGCGAAAUUGGAAGUCAACUUGUAAAACAAGGGAGUCUACGUGACACAUUCGAUGAAUUGGUUGGACUAGGUUACUGCGAUGGCAAGUAAUUAAUAUUCCCAAUAUCAAUCUUCAGAAGUCUCUAUAGUCCCAUUCAUUACAUUAUACUCCUCGCCUUCAAGUAGACUGAAGCGACGGUAACGGGGGACGGACGAACUGCUUUAAAAAGCUCCUUGACCGCACGCACACCUACCGAAGCUAGCUAUCUGCUCCCGUUCGUUGCCUUUGCUUCAGUCCGCGUCAAAGUCAACACGGUGUACAGGCACGUAGAGUACAGAUCGGCGCCAUGUAUCACGGGUAAAAUCAGCCGAAAACGCAUCUCUUUCCCAGGGGACCGUAGAAACCUCCGAAGUUGGACCACCCUAACAUCUAUCUUUUCCGUGGGAUUAUGCAAUACUCCUUAUCGCAUCAGCUGCCUGCAGAGGCGCGUAGCCCUGUGCGUAUCGUAUCUAGUCAUGCAGUAUGUACACAAAACUUGCUACGGAAGAAUCUCGCGUAUGUGUGUGACAGCUCCCCCGCCUCGUCUCGCUCCCAACUUGAGAGUUUUGCCACAAGUUCUUUCCGAGUGCACCGCGUGUAUCCACACCUACGCAGGAAUGAGCCCGGUGGAGUCUGCCACUCGUGGCGUAGGACAUUGCAUUUAAACACAAGGUCCUUCUUUGGCCCCAGGCAGAAAUUCCAGCACGCGUCAUUCGCGAGUGUACGCAUCACCGGCUUUUGGAGCCGUGUAUCCCCGAGAGUGCUAUUUAUUUUGCAGUGGUAUAGUUGUGUAUAAAUUUCUCGCGCUUCGGUUUCUUUCGAGACCUCGCAAGAGUCGAGAGUGGGUGUGCGCGCGUGCGUUUAUGAGAGUGUGUUUGUGUGCGUGUGUGUUUAUGUUGCAUUGAGUUAGUAGGACGGGCACGAGUUUUUCCUCUUAUGUGCGAUCGUGCAAAUUUGUGGCGUUCCUAAGUCCACUUUUUUUGUGUCACACUGAUAAAACGCAAAUUAAAUGGCAAAACCAAAGA